CUCUCCUCCCUCAGCUACAGGAUAUAUAGCUUUCUCUCCCAGCACGACUGCCAGCUGUGUAGUAGCCUACUGUCCACAUACAGCGGGGGUCUGAAGGCUACACUCAGCAUCACUGGUCAGACAGCAUCACAGCGAAAUUGAUCAGUCCUUAGUCUUGGUGUGCAUGCACUGAACGUUAUAUUAACCAUACACUCGUUUUUUAGGACAAAAUAACAGUUUGGCAGACUUAGUUUUAUAGCUAGAUAGAUAUUUGUUAAAUUAUUUCUUUACAAUGGAAGGAAACAGGCAACUAAUCAGUCCCUUUCACCGACCACGGUGCCUGGCGGCGGCGGCACCUGGAGGAAAAGCCAAAUUAACUCACCCAGGGAAGGCGAUUCUAGCAGGUGGUAUAGCAGGGGGUAUAGAGAUCUGUAUCACCUUCCCUACUGAGUAUGUGAAGACUCAGCUACAGCUGGACGAGAAGGCCAACCCUCCCAAAUACAGGGGCAUUGGUGACUGUGUAAAGCAGACGGUACAGGGUCACGGGGUGAGAGGACUGUACAGAGGACUCAGCUCACUGCUCUACGGAUCCAUACCCAAAUCAGCUGUCAGGUUUGGUGUGUUUGAGUAUCUCAGUAACCAUGCCCGUGACGAGGCAGGGAAGUUGAACAGCACCAGGGGUCUGUUAUGUGGGCUUGGUGCUGGAGUCAUGGAGGCUGUAGUCAUAGUCUGUCCCAUGGAGACUGUCAAGGUUAAAUUUAUCCACGACCAGUCUUCAGCCAACCCCAAAUACAGAGGCUUCUACCAUGGAGUCAGGGAGAUCAUCAGAACCCAAGGUAUUAAAGGGACGUACCAGGGCCUGACGGCCACCGUCCUGAAGCAGGGCUCCAACCAGGCCAUCCGUUUCUAUGUCAUGACCUCCCUCAGGAACUGGUACAAAGGGGAUAACCCCAAUAAGGCUAUUAACCCUGUGGUGACGGGAACGUUUGGAGCCGUCGCUGGAGCAGCCAGCGUGUUUGGGAACACCCCCCUAGAUGUUAUCAAGACCAGGAUGCAGGGUUUGGAGGCUCAUAAGUAUAAGAGUACGCUGGACUGUGCCUUGAAGAUCAUGAGACACGAGGGUGUACGAGCGUUCUAUAAGGGGACGGUUCCUCGGCUGGGUCGUGUGUGUCUGGAUGUGGCCAUCGUCUUCAUCAUCUAUGAGGAGGUGGUCAAGGUUCUCAACACGGUCUGGAAGACGGAGUGAGGGGGCGGGGCUGGAGCCUCUUCUGACCUCACUGGGCCAAACACGAUGUGACUGGACAACUGAGCCUUCUACCAGUCUGCGUCUCAAACACCACCUUAUUUCCUAUAUACAGUAGUGCGCUACUUUUGACCAAUCAGGCUCCUAUCAGGGUCUGGUCAAAAGUAGGGCAUUGUGUAGGGAAUGGAGUGCCAUUUCAGACACAGCCUACCCAUAACUGUACUCACCAGCUGAGCUGUAAGCGGAGUGAAAACUAUCAUACUAAUAAUAUCUAUUUGGACAUAGCCUACCUAUUUGGAUGCAGUGGUCACAAACCCUGGUCCCGGAGAGAUACAAAGUGUACAGGCUUCUGUUCCAUCCCUGCACUAACACACCUGAUUCUUCCAAACAAGGCCUCCAUGUGUUGAAUGAGGUGUAGCGCUAAACUGGGACAAAAUCCUGCACGUAAUGUCACUCUCCAGGACCUGGAUUGAAGAACACUGAAAUACACUGCUCAAAAAAAUAAAGGGAACACUUAAACAACACAAUGUAACUCCAAGUCAAUCACACUUCUGUGAAAUCAAACUGUCCACUUAGGAAGCAACACUGAUUGACAAUAAAUUUCACAUGCUGUUGUGCAAAUGGAAUAGACAAAAGGUGGAAAUUAUAGGCAAUUAGCAAGACACCCCCCAAAACAGGAGUGAUUCUGCAGGUGGUGACCACAGACCACUUCUCAGUUCCUAUGCUUCCUGGCUGAUGUUUUGGUCACUUUUGAAUGCUGGCGGUGCUCUCACUCUAGUGGUAGCAUGAGACGGAGUCUACAACCCACACAAGUGGCUCAGGUAGUGCAGUUCAUCCAGGAUGGCACAUCAAUGCGAACUGUGGCAAAAAGUUUUGCUGUGUCUGUCAGCGUAGUGUCCAGAGCAUGCAGGCGCUACCAGGAGACAGGCCAGUACAUCAGGAGAUGUGGAGGAGGCCGUAGGAGGGCAACAACCCAGCAGCAGGACCGCUACCUCCGCCUUAGAGCAAGGAGGUGCACUGCCAGAGCCCUGCAAAAUGACCUCCAGCAGGCCACAAAUGUGCAUGUGUCAGCAUAUGGUCUCACAAGGGGUCCACUAGAGUGAGGGCACCGCCAGCAUUCAAAAGUGACCAAAACAUCAGCCAGGAAG